AUGAUGGAAGGGGCUAUUGUUGAGGAGCGACGCAAAGACCGGCCAUUUUACAAUGCGAAGCAAUUGGCUGAUAAGGACCUGGAUUUACUUUUGGAUCAUGUGAAGGCGGAGAAGGCCUGGAGAGACCUUGCGAGAGAGAACCAGGCCUGGAAGGACAAGACGCCUCCCGCGCCGCCUUCGGAGCUUCCCACCUAA